UCUUGUGGUCUGCGGUCAUGCUCUUUACACAGUCUUUGUUUUUCUUUCCCGCCAAAUGUUCUGCUGAUUUCAUUGCAUCGCCUUUGCUGAACUUGAAUUGAAAACCUUUGGGAUAUCAUGGAAAAAUCAGAAGCACCAGACCAGGGGGACGCCAAACCCGUUCUCAGUUCAGAGGAGAGCCCAAGAAGCGUAAAAACGGAAGGUGAAGAAUUGGCCGAGGAGAAAUCUCUGCUGACCAAAAAACGGCGGGCACUCGCGACGGGCGAAUUCGCUGACUGCGUCUUUCUCGUCGGCGAAGAAGAAGAGACGUUUUACGCCAGCCAGUUUGAGCUGAAGGUGGCCAGCGAGUACUUUUCAGCGCUCCUGCAAAGUCCCCUGACACAACGCACUCCAGAUUCAAAUUCCAUCAGGAUGAAGCAUGUAAAAUCCAAUGUCUUCAGAUUGAUCAUGGAAUUUGUGCACUUUCACCAGCUGUUCACAAGUGUUACAAGUUUAUCAGAUGCUGUGGAUGUGGCCCUUGCGGCUGAUCUGUUCAUGAUUGAAGAGCUUGGUAAUUUAUGCAAAGACCUGAUUGGAAAAUUCCUAGUGGUGGAGGAAGUUUGGAAAAUUCUGGACUCGAAUCUUAUCAAUUGCUAUGUUGUAUCAGCCUGCAAGGAGUUUCUGUGCUCAAGAACUGUUGAGUGUCUGAAUCAUUCCUCUUUUCUGGACAUCAGCCUCGAAGCCCUAGUCUGUUUCUUGGAGUGUGACAAUAUGAACAUUUUUUCUGAGAUGGUGCUUGUCAAAGCUUGCAAGGAAUAUGCUGCAGCAAAUGAUGAGAAUUCUUUGAAAAACGUUGCCCCACAUCUGCGUCUACUGACUCUGGAAACCAAGGAAUUAGAGGAAGCCUUUGAAUACGAAAACUUCAUUGGCCUAAAGGAGAAGAACUACCUUAUGAGCACUAAACUCUUCAAUAAUGGCAAAACAAAUCGAAAGCGCAAAGCUCUCACAAUUCCAACAACCCUGUGUCCUGUGACUGCCUCACGAAGUAAUUCAUGUGAAACUUUUGUCCUGAUUGAAGAAUCAGAUUUGCUGGGACCUGAAAAGCUGCUGAGCGCUGAAAAUGGGAAUGUGGUUGAGUUGAGUCGAUCGGUCAAAAUCACCAUAUCCUUCACAGCCGGAGAGGCGAUUUUGGUCAGAGGCUUCCAGGUUCUGUGCAAAGUGGCCAGUGAACCAAAACUCUCCCCCUCUGGAAAAAGGGAGGGUUAUGGUGGAAGCAAUUACACCCUGAACCUGAAAGCUGUUGCAUCUGUCAAGCACCUGAAGACUCGGAAAUAUGAAACAACUGUCACAAAUAAAGCUGUCACCAAUUCCUUUGUCAAGUUCAACCUCAACUGUCCUGCUUACGUGGAGAAAGAUGCCUCUUUUGAUGUGACAAUCACCAUCCUCAAUGCUUGCUUUUACAGAAAUACCCUGGCCGAAGACAUCCGAAGCAAAGUCUUUCACAACAAACCAAGCAUGAAGCACUUAUUCAAAAAACUCAAGCUCACCGAUACUCGUAGUGAGAAACCACCAAUUUGCGUUGUCAAAGAACUUUACUACACAUUGGCUCAGUAGAAAAAUAGUUCUAAAACCCUUCCUGUCCUUUACUUUUUAUCUAAAAAAUUAUUUAUUUCUGAAAAAAAAUUCUUCCCAGCAAGUGUCUGAAAUAUAUCAUUUUUUGAAAAGAAUACAAUUAUU